CCGACAUUUGGAGAGGACAUGGCGGCCAGAGGGGGGUUUCAGACGGGACCAACGGGCGGCGGCGGAGCCGUGGGACCUGGGCCGCCGGUACCGGGCGCAGGACCGGGCAUGGGGCCCGGCACUCCCUCCGGGAGGAUGGUGCCGUCGUCGGCCGCCCAGAACCACAUGUACCGCUCCCCGAUGCCCGGGCCCGGGUACCCGAGACCGGGCAUGCCUCCAUCUAGCCGUAUGACCCCGCAGGGACCAGCCAUGGGACCCCCAGGAUAUGGAAACAGCCCCGUGUCUCGCCCUGGGAUGCCUGGCGUGAUGGAUCCAUCUCGAAAGAGGCCAGCCCCCCAACAAAUUCAGCAGGUUCAGCAACAGCAGAACCGCAACCAGCACACAAAGAAAAAGAAGAUGGCUGAUAAAAUUCUACCUCAGCGGCUUUUUAUUAUUCUCUCCCAGAUCAGGGAACUGGUCCCAGAGUCUCAGGCUUAUAUGGAUCUCCUGGCUUUUGAGAGGAAGCUGGACCAGACCAUCAUGCGCAAGAGGCUGGACAUUCAGGAGGCUCUCAAGAGGCCUAUUAAGCAAAAACGAAAGCUUCGUAUCUUUAUAUCCAACACAUUCAACCCUGCAAAGCCUGAUGCUGAGGAUGGAGAGGGGACAGUUGCAUCAUGGGAACUACGUGUUGAGGGGCGUCUGCUGGAAGAUACGGCUGUGUCCAAGUAUGAAGCGACCAAACAGAAGAGGAAGUUCUCAUCGUUCUUCAAGUCCCUUGUGAUUGAGUUGGACAAAGAUCUGUACGGUCCAGAUAACCAUCUGGUGGAAUGGCAUAGGACUGCAACCACCCAGGAGACGGAUGGUUUCCAGGUGAAGAGGCCCGGUGACGUGAGUGUUCGCUGCACCGUCCUGCUGAUGCUUGACUAUCAACCCCCUCAGUUCAAGCUGGACCCCCGACUGGCCCGCAUGUUGGGUAUCCACACCCAGACCAGACCCGUCAUCAUCCAGGCCCUGUGGCAGUACGUCAAGACCCACAAGCUGCAAGACCCGCAUGAGCGCGAGUUCAUCAACUGCGACAAAUACUUGCAGCAGAUUUUUGAGACUCAGCGAAUGAAGUUUUCUGAAAUCCCACAACGCUUGCAUGCAUUGCUGAUGCCCCCAGAGCCCAUCAUCAUCAACCAUGUCAUCAGUGUGGACCCCAAUGACCAAAAGAAGACUGCUUGCUAUGACAUUGAUGUAGAGGUUGACGACACACUGAAGACCCAGAUGAAUUCUUUCCUGCUGUCCACAGCCAGUCAGCAGGAAAUAGCAGGAUUGGAUAACAAGAUCCAUGAAACCAUCGAGACCAUCAACCAGCUGAAGACCCAGAGGGAGUUCAUGUUGAGUUUUGCCAGAGAUCCUCAGGGUUUUAUCAACGACUGGCUUCAGUCCCAGUGCAGAGACCUCAAAACCAUGACCGAUGUUGUAGGAAACCCAGAAGAGGAGCGAAGAGCAGAGUUUUACUACCAGCCAUGGGCUCAGGAGGCGGUCUGUCGCUACUUCUACUCAAAGGUCCAGCAGAGGCGGCAGGAGCUGGAGCAGGCGCUCGGCAUCAGGAACACUUAAACGACUUCUUCCAUAUCACCACUUGUGCUGGAGGAAACAGAAAAACAGUGUGUGCCUGUGUGUGUGAGUGAGUGAGUGUGUGACGUUAAAACCGAAUCCCUCACGUUUUUCAGACAAACUUAGAAAAGCAUAGAUGCUACAUGACUUCACCAUUAAAUAGGAUUUCAGUUUUUUUGUUUUUUUUUUCUACUGAAGUCUUAGUACUAUAUCAUUUUUAUUUCUACCUUGAUUUUUUUUUUCUUCUUUUUUUGUGUAACUUUUGUUUAUCCCUCUGCAUACCACAGUUCCCUUCAUUGUAUUAUUUGUCUGUGGCAUGUCUUAGACGGAAAGCAUUCCACUCAUUUCGAUACACUGUGUGCACAAAUGUACCAGUUGUACACAAAGGAAAAAAUCAGUCCAGAUUGUACCUGAGAACGUUUAAUGUAGUUUUUCUCUGGAACAAAAGACGUGUGGAACCUGCUGUGGCUUUUUGCCUCAUUUUUCUUCCCCCUCCUUAUUUCCCCUUAAAGCAAAAAUACAUUUCAUGCUCCAAAGCAGCCCCCAGGUGCUAUUGAACAUUGUGAUCAUUUCUGAUCAGUUGGGCUUUGUCGGCUGUUCAUGUGUCACUUUGUAUUCAGUUGUCAUGGGUUUGCUUCAACACUUAUCAUAGUUUGCUAUACAAAAGGCAUUUAGAAAGCCGAGUCAGUCACAGCUGAAAAUACAGUGUUGUUGCAAGGAAAGCGAUUAUGUUUUGCAACAUUGCUAUUUGUAUUUUUUUCCCCUUUUUAAAAAAAAAAAAUAUCAGUGAUUCUUGUUUCAAAACUGUAUUAUAUUCGUACUUGUCUUGUUAGUUAGUGCAGAUUCUAAUGAAAAUAGCUAGUAUGAAUACCUCUAGUCUAUAUAGUUUUGUAAAUACUGAGCAGAUGGAUGUGAAGUAUCCUGUAUGGCUAAGGUGGACAAACUUUUUUUAGUUUUUUUUUUUUUCCUUUGGUUUUUGUCUACGCUUGACAAAUAUUUGAAACGGUAUUUAUACUAAGUGAUCCAGAGUGCAUUGGUUUGGAUCUCUACAACAUCACAUUUAAUAAACUUUGUAUGGCAGCAUUAAUUAUCAUUCACAUCACCUUCAAGCCAGUUCAGACUUCUCUGUUUUUAGUUAAGUGUGUUUUUAUGGUGUGCGGAGAAGAGCAUACAGGAGUGGCUGUGAGCAGCUUUGAUGAGCUGUAGUUUCUCUGCGCACUGAUUGAAGACCUGCUAUCUUUACGUUCAAUCGUUGUUUCCCUGCUGGGGGUUUAGGAUGAGCGCCCCAGCUGAAAUUGCCAUGUGUGCAUUUUUGUCGACGAAUUUCAAGAAUACACUAAUGAGGGUUUGGGGAGGAGACGAUACGAGUGUUGGGAAACCUCUGGGAUGUAAAACGACACUGGUUGGACUGCAGAAUUAUGUGACUCUGCAGACUUUUACAUGGACCAAACCUAUUUUUCUGUAUGUUCUUGUGUUAUAAUAAAGGAUAUGUAA